AUUCGAAAAUAUCUCAAAGUAUCAACUAGCCACGUGGCCAACCAAUGGCAACCAACGGAUAGACUGUAUUUAUGGCAACUUCCAUAAGCUGUGAGAGUGUUCCAGUGACAUUUAUUGACGAGGAAGAUGUCACGAAAAACUUCAGUCCUGCGAGAAAAGGACUAAGAUCCACAGGCAAAGGCUGUAAAAGAAGGAUCCCAGAUGAUGACCGCAGAUCUAGAUAUUUUGACAGUGUGACACUGGAUGACAGCUCUGAUGAUGAUGAAAUUAUUCAUCCAUCUGGUGAAGCGGUACUGACCCAGACCCCUAUAUCAAGCCAUGAUGUCUUCAGCUUUCAAAACACUAAACGGAAGACAGCCUUAGCAAAUGCUGCAUCUGAAGCUCGCCAUAUCAAGGAACCACAGCCUGUCAGGAAAGGAAACAAGCACAAAUUAGCAAGUGAAGGUUCCAGUGAAGAAAGCUCUGAAUAUUCAAGCUCAGAUGAUCUUGAUGAUGAGGAUAAAAGCAUGUCAAAAGACAUUGCUAGGGCCAUCAAUAUGAAGGAACUGAAUAAUAAUAACAUGGAAGACAUGCUUGAUAACUAUUUUCUUGCACAUGAUGAAAAGGACUGUCUUACCUCAGAUAGAACACUAUCAAGUCUUUCUAUCCCACGAAUGGAUCAAGAGACAUUAUCCGCUGUUCUUAAAUCAAGAAUUGGAGAUCAUCAAGAUGAACGUCGUAAACUUUACGAGGAGUACAGAACGUAUUUUCCCAAGUGGGCUUUUCAGUUAAGAAAUGGAUUUAACUUACUUCUUCAUGGACUUGGAUCUAAACGUUCCGUUAUUGACUCCUUCCGGUCAACGAUGCUCUCAAAGUCCGUUCAACUGGUAGUCAAUGGAUUUUUUCCAAGCAUCACCGUUAAAAAUAUUCUUAAUACAAUAACAAACGAUAUUAUUAACCAUGAUGGAACAUUUAAAAGCAUUAUAGAACAGUGUAACUUUAUUAAAGAUUACUACAAUGAAAACGACAGUGAGAAAAUUUAUUUAAUCAUCCAUAAUAUAGACGGAACAAUGUUGAGAUCUAACAGUACCCAAACCAUACUUAGUUCACUGGCACAGUGUUCCUCAAUUCACCUCAUCGCGUCGAUUGAUCAUAUUCAUGCACCUCUGAUAUGGGAUCAAACUCAAAUGGGUCGUUUUAGUUGGCUAUGGUACGAUGUCACAACAUUUGAACCCUAUACCGAAGAAACAUCUUACGAAAAUUCUCUACUAGUGCAGCAGUCAGGAUCGCUGGCUCUCAGUUCAUUGAUUCAUGUAUUUAGAAGUUUAACGCCAAAUGCGAAGGAGGUCUUCAUUCUAAUUGCCAAUUAUCAAUUAGAAUAUUCAAAGGAGAGCAAUUAUGCUGGAAUGUCUUUCCAUGAUUGCUACACGAAAUGUAGAGGAGCUUUUUUGGUAAACAGCGAUGCAACAUUAAGUGCACAAUUGACAGAAUUCCGGGAUCAUAAAUUGAUACGAUCAAAAAAGGGAACCGAUGGUGUUGAAUAUUUACUUAUUCCUUUGGACGACAAUAUCUUAAAACAAUUCGUUGAAGAUCAAGAAAAUAACACAUAAUAUUUUAUAUUUGUUAUAUUUAGUUUAUAUUUUUUAGUAUUUA